GGCAGAGGGACAGCGGGAGUCAUGGCACCCACAUGCUGACCUGCGCGCCUCCGGAACAGGCUCCUUGUGCGCGUGCACAGCCAGGUGCGGACAGCUCGAACACAUAGAGCGCGGUUUGCUGUGCGCCUGAAGAUGCGUUCUAACGCAGUCCUCACGUACUUUGUGGGGGUUCUCAGCGCUGUCCUCCUCACUCCGUGCGUCUGCGAGGACGUGGACGUGCUGGUGUUUCUCCCCCAGAAUAACUCAUACCUUUUCUCCCGCGCCAGAGUUGCACCGGCGAUCCUUUACGCACAGCAGAGACUCAAAGCGCACGGAGGACCGCUCUCCGAGAUGAAUUUCAACAUCCAUUUUGAGCAGUCCGACUGUAUGAACGCAGCCUUCUUCUCCUUGGUGGACAGGUCGUGCACACGGCGGCCAGACGUGAUCCUGGGGCCGGUGUGCGAGUACGAGGCUGCGGCAGUCGUGCGCCUAGCGUCCCACUGGCACAUCCCGGUCAUCUCCGCAGGUGCGCUGGCCACAGGUUUCAGCGACAAGAGUUCCGAGUAUUCUCACCUCACGCGCAUCGCUCCAUCCUACGUGAAAAUGGCCGAGACGUUCAACGCGAUGUUCGAACACUUCUCGUGGAGCUCCGCGCUGCUCAUUUACGAGGACGACCGUCAGGAGCGGAACUGUUACUUCACUCUGGAGGGCGUCUACCACCUGAUGAGCGGCUUCAACGUGAAAACAUACCACUUGUACGAGGACGAGAGGCCAGACACGGAGGACCUGGUGCAGAGCAUCUCCGACACUGAAGUGGUCAUCAUGUGCAUGGGGGCAGACCGGAUACGUGACGUGAUGCUGGCUGCUCACAGACACAGUCUGACCAACGGAAGCUACAUCUUCUUCAACAUCGAGCUCUUCAACGCCUCCUCCUAUGGGGAUGGCUGGUGGCGGCGGGAUGACUCCCACGAUGCAGAGGCCAUGCAGGCGUACAGCUCUUUAAACACUCUCACCUUGCUUAAGAGCACCAAGCCACAGUUUGAGGACUUCACCCUGGAGAUGAGAGAGGCCCUGAGGCACGCAGGCCUCCAUGAUGGAAUUAACCUGUUCAUGGAGGGCUUCCAUGACGCCCUGCUGCUCUAUGCCACUGCCCUGCAGGAGACGCUGCAGAGUGGCCACAGCAAAAGCAACGCCUCCGAGAUCAUCUCCCGCAUGUGGAACCGCACCUUUGAGGGUAUUGCUGGCCCAGUAUCCAUAGAUGCGAAUGGGGACAGAGAUGGGGACUUCUCCCUUAUGUCCAUGACAAACACUGAGGCAGGGACAUUCGAGACAGUGGCCAGUUACUUUGGGGAGAAUGGGACUUUUCAGAUGCUGCCGGCCUUCAACCGAGAGCAUUUCACACUGAGAGGCCGUGUGCACCCACCACCAGAGACCCCUGACAAACCCUGUGGGCUUGGAGUCUCUGCCCUCACCGGAGUCAUCGUGGGUGCAGUUUUGGGAGUCACUCUGCUGGUGGCGUUCUACUUUUUAAGGAAAAACUUUAAGAUCACAAUUGAGCGACGGACGCACAGAGACCAGUGUGAGGUGGGCAAGAGGCGCCAGCUUAGAGAGGACUCCAUACGCUCCAGCUAUUCGGCCUCCUGAAGUCCACCAUCCUCUAGUUCAGAGUCCUGAAGUUCUGAAAGUCUGGAACCCAAAAAAAAUCAUUCUCAAGGUCUGAGUCAGGGGGUUCACCAUCCGAAUCCUCAGGUCAAGCGUCUUAAAGGCCCCGUAUUAUGCUAAUUUCUGGUCUCUGUUGUUUCCUCAUCACAAACAGACCAUUCACACACGUUUAACACACAAGCCCUGCAUAUUUAGGCUGUGUUCCUCUCUCAAAUAGAAUACACUCUGUUCAACCUUGUGAUGUCAUGUGGUGACACAGCAAGUGCUCCAUUGUGUUUUUAAACUCCAUACAUUUUCUUCACUAGAAUCAUUUGGAUGAUUUCAACCCUGGAAUUGCCCAUUUCUACUGAAAAAAGGUAAAAUGUAGGCAUGAACUUAAAAACCACUUCAUGACAUAAUAAGGUAGAACAGAGUAUUCUGAGCUUUGAAGAUGUAGACUGGCUAAUAAUAAAGGUUUACUCAUAGUGCAGCAGGUUAAUUGAAUAUUUCAAGAGAAUUGUUCAAAUUGGUAUAAAAGCAUGAAAUUUGGCUCUAAGGGUCAUUUUUUGGGAAAAAGGCAUUGGUCAAAAUUCAAAAUGGCAGUCAUUUUUCAAGAUGGCCGCUAUUUCUGUCAAAUGCUCAUUAUGUCGAACACUCAAACUGUGAUGUAGGCAUAACAUUUGUGAAAAUACUCUGUUAAAAAUAUUUUUUAGUGAAUGGUGAUUGUCCCUUAAAGAAUCAAGAUAACAACCAUUGACGGUUGAGAUGCCACCACCAUUUUUUAAGAUGGCUGCCAUUUCUCUUAAAUUCUUACAUCAGUUGAUCAAAUGGUGAUGCAAUCAUCAAGACUGGUACAAACAUUCUACAAGGAACAUUCUCAGGGAAAAGGUGUGUGCCACUCAAAAAUUCAAGAUGACCACCAUUUCUGUCAGAGCUCAUUUGAAUGUGUUAAGGAAGGUUUUGUUUAAUAGUGAUAAUAGUUUAGGUAAGUUUUGUGUCCCAAAUGUGUCUAACAGGCCCUCAUCAAUUAGCGAGUAAUAUAUAUAGUUAGAUCAGAGUCCUGUACGGGUCCAUUUUUGUCGGCCCACACUCGCCCACUCCCGCGCAGUACAGCACCAUGCCUGUGCCCGUUCACCUGGGAUUAGAUCAAAGUUAAAUCCAAACCCACACAGACAUGUUAACAUUACACGCGUUACCCAUUCGUGCCCAUGAUAAAUCAGGGUCAGCCCUUUAGUCCGACAGCCCAGUAGUCCAGGACUAAACCAGGACUAAACCAAGACUGAACCAAGACUGAACCAAGACUAAACCAGGACUAAACCAGGACUGAACCAGGACUGAACCAGGAGCGCAGUUGCUGAGUGGAUCACCCUUGCUGAUCGCUGAUGGUUUUAUGUAAAAAAAUACACUAAAGUCACUUUCUCAGCCUGGUCUGACAUUAUUCCAGGAAAAGACCGGGAAAUGUCACUCGUUUCCAGGGCAACCGACACCCUGGACGUGUGUCAAGGAUUUUUCUCUCGUUUGUUGUUCAUUUGAUUUACCUGACCCGUCCAUGUAUAAUCACUACCCUCCUGUAUACCUGUCCGUAAUAUUCCACAUUGUUAAAACCUGCCCGUUUCAGCCCGUUGGGUUCCUGGUGCAGGACUCUGUGUUAGAUGGUCACCAUUGCUAGAUAGCAAUUGAAAGAUGGUCACCAUUGCUAUCUAACUAUCUAGAUAGAUAGUUAGAUAGCAAUGGUGACCAUCUUUAAAAAUGGCUGCAAUAUUGAAUUUUUGAGUGGCCAAUGCCUUUUUUUCAAAAUAGUGGCCCUUAGAGAGUAUAUGUGCCACAUUUCAUGCUUUCAUACCAAAGUGAAAAUUUUUUUCACUUAUCUGCUGCACUAUCAAACGUGUGAAUGAAACAAAACACAACGAGUAUGUUUUCUUUUAAGGUCACAGGAGUAGUUUUGGUAAUAUAGAACCUUUAAUGUCUACAAUCAGGAAGUUUGAAAUCCAUCUGCCAGAAUCAAGUCCAGAAUCCUAAAGUCCAGAAGAAGACUUUAAAUCUAGAAUCCUGGAGUCCAUUAUUUGAAGAUCGGAGUCUGAGGUCAAACCAACAAAGUCUACCGUCCCCAUCUUCCUGUCCAGAAUCCAUUCAUGAAGUCCAAGAUAUCCCACAGUCCGCCCCCCCAAGGCCAGUGCAAAGUCCAGCUCCUACAGUCCGAGAUAGGCUCCGAACCAGUGCCUCGUCCUCAUGGCACAGUGACUCAGAUGUGUAAAUACUGUUUUUAGAAAUAUAUGAAUAAAUGAAUGUAUGCUGAUGAGUGAAUGACUAUGAGUGCCUUCUGUGUAUGACUCCUCUGUCUCAGGGCUAUAUUGUGUUGUAAGCUGUUGUAAGCUACUGGCAUUAAACUACUGA